GCUAGGGUUUCGAGUGGAGAUUUUAGGGUCUUGGGCGCGGAAACACAAGACGCUACCAUGGAAGACAUCGGAGAGAAGGGGAGGCCACCAGGAGAUCCGCCUGACGUCCCAGGCUCUUGGGUGAGGAAAGUUGUAGGUUGUAAUGAGGGAGGGAUGCCGGUGCCGGAGGAAGUGGUGGAUGCAGAGUUUGUGGAGUCGAGACUGAGAUUAGAGUUCCCGAACGGAGAGGAUGGAGAGCCGGUUAUAAUAAUAGGAGAAGAAGUACUGACGGCUAUGAACAGUCUGUGGAAGAGAUGCAUGAUUGUUAGGGUUUUGGGGAGGAACGUUCCCUUGUUGAGUCUAACUCGAAAGCUGAAGGAGUUGUGGAAGCCGAAUGGAUCGAUGUUUGUCAUGGACCUACCUAGGAACUUCUUUAUGGUGCGCUUUGAGUCAGAAGAGGAGUACAUGAAUGCUUUAUCGGGUGGCCCAUGGAGGGCGUUUGGGAGCUAUCUUAUGGUACAAGCAUGGUCUCCUGAUUUUGACCCAUUGAGAGAUGAGAUUGUUACUACACCGGUUUGGGUUCGCUUGUCGCAUAUUCCAGUCAACUUCUACCAUAAAACAAUAUUGAUGGGUAUAGCUAAAGGGUUGGGGCGACCGAUAAAGGUUGACAUGACGACUUUGAAACUCGAAAGAGCGAGAUUUGCGAGAAUAUGUGUUGAGGUGAAUCUUAAUAAGCCCUUAAAAGGGACAGUGAUGAUCAAUGGCGAGAGAUAUUAUGUAUCGUAUGAAGGGAUUUCAACGAUCUGCGCAACGUGUGGUAUGUAUGGACACUUAGCUCAUGCGUGCCCACGAAAGACGGUGGAGAGAGCUCUAGCUAUUGUGCCUACUCCAGUGACCACAACGCAGGAGAUGGGAGAUGCGAGGAUGGAGGUGGAUUUUACUGAAGUGAGAAUGGCGAGGAAAAAGUCAGAGCAACAAAGAUCAGUAGGAGGUUCCAUGCAUAAGAAUGAUGGAAGGGACAGCGUGGGAGGCAAGUUAACGGGGGGGAAUCGAACAAGGGAAGCAUGUAGUGGAAGUGUGGUGGAGAGAAUAAGCGUGUCAAAUAGAUUUGGAGGAUUAGGGGAUGAAGUGGAAACAGAGGAGCUAGCAGCGGAUGGGGGAAGGGAAAAUGAGAAUAAGGAAAAUGAGAAUACGGUAAAUCUAAGCUCAGCAGGUUCUAGUAGAACGUUGGGGAAGACUGUUGCUUUUGUAGCAAAAGAAAAUAAUGGGAAACAACAGUUAACUCGAGUUGGACAUAAAGAUAAGAAGACGGGUAAUCUGCGAGGCCCAAACCCUUUAAAGCCUAAAUCGAGAAAUGUUGGGCCUGCUCGCGGUCUUGUUUUCGGCCCAACUAGGGGUGAGAUUGGCAUGUCGGUGAGUGGAAAGAGACUGCGGGUUGAGAAUGAGAGUGUCGGCCGGCCAGGUGGUGCCUUCGCCGGCGAUGGUGAAAUUGAGAGGAAUGAGAAGGAUAUCGAGUAUGGUGGGGAACAGAGGAAAGUACAGGCGCAGCCUGCAACAGCGGAGAUCCCCGCACCCGUCGAAACUGAUUCCCGGGCGGAGCAUGGUGGAGACGACUCGGAGAGAGUGGAGGCAUAACGAUGUGCCCCGGUAAUUCAGUUUAUUGAUCAUAAAGAUCUGAUGAAGUGCAUUCUAUGGAAUUGCCGGG